AGAUGUCGAGAGAGAUAUAUAAAGAGAGGGAAAACGCCGACAGAAUAAAUCCAGCUCUUUAAACUCACUAGGAUGCGACAGUUGAUGAGAUCAGCCCUGAGGAAGGUUUAUGACUUUCACAGCAAGGUGACUGCGGUGAUGAUGAUGGUAGUGGUGCUGGGUGGAAAGCUCCUGAUGGAGCUGCUCAGUCCUUCUGUUGCUGCCUACAGACUCACCUCCUUCACACGCCCGCUCCCUUCCUGAAUUUAACGACACGCCGCCACUAAGCAGCAGGUCUUUGUCUCAGCGCUGAGAUGCUUCCUCGCUCACAGACUUCACUGCCGUUCAUGCAUCGCUGAGAAGAACACAUCCCUCGCUCUUUUUGAUGGGAGGACCACCCCGUUCCCUGCACUGCUGAUAAAGAAAAUCAAAGAUGAGAGGGCGACAAACCUCCCCCAAGAAGAAGAAAAAAGAAGAAAAAAACGCCCAAACUGCCAGUUAUUCUCACCGAGCACAGCUCUUCUCUCAGCACAGAUGGAGCAUGCCCAGUGGAAAGCCCUGCGUUUAUUAAAAACACGCUGUCAAAUCCCCCAAUUACUGUAAGGAUGCUCAAAUAAUCAUCGUUGCUCAGUUUUACUUGUCCUCCUCCUCCUCCUGCUCGCUGAACGUCGUCGCCCGGAGGGUAAAUGCUGGGUUAGCGCCUCUAACAGUCCGGAUGCUGCCAGGGAAGGUCUUCCUCAUCUUCACGCACAGCUGGCUGGAGAAGCUGGCCGGAGGUGUGAUCUUAGGAGUGGCUCUGUGGCUACGCCACGACAGUCAGACCAGCAACCUCCUCAUUCUUCAGUUUGAUAAUCAGCAGGCACCGGGCACCUUCUAUAUCAGUGUGUACAUACUGAUAGCUGUGGGAGCUGUUAUGAUGCUUGUGGGCUUCCUUGGAUGUUAUGGUGCCAUUCAGGAAUCUCAGUGCCUUCUGGGCACAUUCUUCUUCUUUUUGGUGAUCCUAUUUGCCUGUGAAGUAGCUGCAGCAAUCUGGGGUUUCAUGAACAGGGACACUAUCUCCAAAGAACUGAUCAAUUUCUACGACUCUGCGUACAUCAAGGCUAUGGAUGUGUCUGGGUCUGCCAGUAAAGACAGCGCCAUCAAGGUUUUGGAGGUCUUCCACAAAACGCUCGACUGCUGCGGUAAAGGAGACGACACAGCUCUCUUUUUACAACUUGCCACCACCUUAUGUCCUACAAAGUCUCCAGAGGAUUUUAGGUUGAAAUCUCAGAGCUGUCAUUAUAAACUGAUCGAGCUCUUCUCUGAGAAGCUCUACGUCAUCGGUCUGGCCGCCUUGGUCGUUGCUGUCAUCAUGAUCUUUGAGAUGAUCUUCACCAUGGUGCUCUGCUGUGGGAUCCGCAAUAGCCCCGGAGUAUACUAGCAGUCCAACAGGCAGCAAGAGCCGCACCAUCCUGUAUUGGAAUCAUUUUGUUGUGUGUUUCUGUGCAUCGGCUCCACUUCUUCAUGCUUAAGUCACAAGAUGGAUAUUUCUGCAUUUGUUUUAUUUUCUAGAGAAUUGAAAGCUGUUUUUAAGAUCUGUCUUCACUAACUAUUUAGACAGUAUCGUAGUUUCUAGCAGUGAGAUUUUCCUUAUUUAUCAUGGAAAAUGUCUUCAUUAUAAAUCUUUUAUACAUACAAUUUGUUGUGAAAUAUUUAUCUGUCAGUCAUUAAUUCUGUUUUUACGGAUGUAUAAAUUGUACAUAUACUUCUCAUAUGUUCAUGACAGGAGUUAGUGUAUUCCCUGAUUGAUUGUUGCAUCUUGCUUCAGUGUGAUAGUAAUUUAAGUGGCAGGCUUUCAAUAGUUGAAGGAAAUAUUCUGUUUUGCUCAAAUAACAAAAAAAGAAUCAAUGUUUUCAGUCCGCUGUGUGUUUCUUCUUACCUGAACUUGCUAAACACCUUUCUUUAGAAAAAUAGGAUAAAACAUCAACAUCUUCGCUCAUAACCGGUUUUAAUAACUCUAAUAAAUUAUGCUAACUCUCUUGUACCAUUGAUUCGUCUUCAUCUUUGUCUUUUUUUCUUUUCUUUUUUCCUUUUUUGACUACUCCCUUUAGGUGUUGUCACAGAGGAUUAACCUUCUUAUUCACAUAUUUGACUUGGCAAAGAUUUAUGGCUUACCUGACGCGAUCCUCCUCACUUACCCAGGCUCGGGCUGGCAGUGCGAGUGCACUGGCUUUUGGCCCUCAGGGGCUGGCUUUCUUGCAUCGUUGCUUGUGAUCUAUAGGUUGAAGUGCUUUCUUAUGUCUUAGGGAUUUUCUCACAUUGCUUCCCAUUACUUAAAUUAAAAACAAAAAUAACAACAUUUAAUAAAAGAGAAACACA